AUGACAACAACUUCUGAGGGCCAGAGUCAGCUGUUUCGUUCUCUUCCUGUAACACUACUCCAGCCGAAUAGAAAUGGACCUGAUCGUCCAGACGAGUUCGAGUUCUUAUAUGCAGAGAGUAUAACUCGGGCGAAAUACCAGGCAUUGGCGAAGACAUGGAAUCUUAAUGUGGACUUUGACGAUUUUCCUGUAAAAAUUGUUCGCUUGUUACAUGAGCGAAAAAACGCCAAUUCUUCGGUCCAGUUGACCUGCACAUUGAGCCAGGAUCUUUCACUUUGCACCAGUUUGAAAAUGGAAAAGGAGAGGACUGUGCAAGAGUGCGAAGAAUUGAAACAAACUUCUGGAGAACUACAAGAACGCUGUUGUAAGACAGAAUUGGAGAAAUCGGAGCUUGAGCAGCGAGUAAAAGAUGCUGAGAAACGACUAGCUGAAGAAACUUUGAAAAGAGAAGAGUUUGAGCAGGACCUGGAAGUCAGCUUACUUAGCCUGGUAUCUAUAACCUGA